GGAAGAGAGAGAUGGGGGGCGGGUUCGGGAAAGGUCCUCAGGUCGGGAUUCGAACACGGUACAAGAAUUUAAAAUAUUUUCUGGAUUUUGAAAUUUUAAUUAAAACAUUUUGCAUGUUUUUCUCAUGGACAUGGACCUUUGACUGCUCCACACAAUAUAGGUGAUUUCAAGUUUUACUAUCCUCUCAAUAUAGGCAAAACCUUACCCCUACACACACACACACACAGCUCCCUCCCUCUGCCUCUCACUCUCUCGCUCGCUCUGUCUGCGCUCAGUUUAAGUGCAGGGACCCAGCGCAUGGAAGGUAGAGGGCAGAAGUGUGUGUUUCCUCUCCUCCCCUUUACCUCCAUUCAUCUUCUCUUUCAGAUGACAGGCUGAACGCUCAGUGGAAACAGCAGGAUGAGUGUGUACCUGUGUGUGUGUGCCGUUCUCCAUCGGAGAGCCUCAUUCAACAUGCUGUAACAUCAGGCAAACUGGCUCUACAAGAGAGAAAGAGACACAGAAAGAGAGCUUGCAGAGUAAAAUGACCACCAGGCGGUGAGAAAUGAGCAUGUGUUGACUUUCUUCAUGAGGGCUGAGAGAUGACCAUGAACGGCCGCUGGUCCUUCAACACCCUGGCCGUCAUCUUUAUCCUGCUGUCCACUGCAGCUCUCUCUGCGCACUUCAGGGUGUGUGAGCCUUACUCUGACCACAAGGGGCGCUAUCACUUUGGUUUCCACUGCCCUCGACUCUCGGACAACAAGACCUACAUAUUCUGCUGUCACCAUAACAACACGGCCUUUAAGUACUGCUGCAACGAAACUGAAUUCCAGAGCGUGAUGCAGCUCAACCUCACCACCAACUCAGACGGCUUUGCCCACAAUAACUACACUGCUCUCAUCGGCGUGUGGAUUUACGGCUUUUUCGUCAUGGUCCUCCUGGCUUUGGACUUCCUGUACUAUUCGGCUAUGAACUACGAGUUGUGCCGGGUCUACCUGGAGAAAUGGGGGCUGGGAGGACGGUGGCUCAAACAGGCCAGGAGUCAAUGGCACAGUGUGGCUCAGGAUGGUGAACACAACAUGGGAUCAGGCCUGAGUCAGCACCACCAUGCGCAGCACAGUUUGAGAGGAGAAGCACAGAGCCCUACACUCUUGACCUUCCAGACCUCAACAGCCUGGACACGGACUGUGCCGGCUACCUCCUGCAGCUCUGCUGGAUGGCAUUUUCUCCACAUGAAGACGCUGAUGCUGAGACUGACAGCUGCAAAUGAGUUUCUCUGCCCAAUCAGAGGAGGCUUGUUCAGCUGGAUCUACUUUUCAACAGCUGUUGAAGGACUUUAACGAGACUGUUGUCUUAGAUGCCCACUACCUUGCCUUGUCAUUUCGGAAGUUAGGACUUAGAUGCAGGGAAUAGGACUUUGCAAAAAGAUAGAGAAGAGGCCGUUGUGUCCAUAAAUCUCUAUAGUAUGUGUCAUGUUUGCACUGCCCUGAAGCCAUUGGUUGGCUUUUCUUGAAGUAGCGAAAAAGAUUAUUUUGAUUUCAGUUUGUCCCAAUAGGAUCAAACACAUCAGUUUCAACUGCAGUUAAUAUAAAAUUUAAGGUGCGGUCACAUUUACCAUUCACAUUGUUCUGUGAAUUUUUGGGGGUGAAAUAUCAUGAGGGAGAAAUGCUUUCCAAUGCAUUUUCGCAUCAAUGUUGACCAACAGGUUGGUUUGGAAGCAUAUAAAUAUAAACUAUAAUCGACAAAGGACCUUUGUUGUCCACAAAAUUUUGCCGAAUUUUCGCAAAUAUGACCGAACCUUUAGACUGCUUUGGAAUAAACAUGAUUUGGAAUUUUCUAAUUCUGUUUCCAAGAAGUGGCGUCGCCAUUUUAGAAUACUUUGCAACUACUGAGAUUUCAGGAUGGGGAAAUCAUUUCUACAUAAAGCAAUAGAUAAUAAUAAAGAACGUUCAUUUAUUGACCGUAAGAACCUGAAACUUGACUUCAUGGAGUGUAGAUCUGGAUAGUCAGAUGCCUGUGGGUCACUUCAUUGUAGAAAUACAGCAACAUCAUUUUUUAUCCCUAUUGAACUUGUGCACUGAGUCGAAACCAACUAGACAUAGGUAAAAGUAGCCACUGUUAGGCUGUGAGUAUUCACCUGCAAUAACACACAGCGUUGUGCUGAGUUGUGUUGUGUAUAGAGGAGAACUUGUUGUGAUCUUGUUUAUCUAUUUAAGGUGAAACUAAUAGUUUUCCCCUCGUGGAGGGAAGAGAGAUGUUGUUAUGUUUUGGAGUAAUAAAGUUAUAAUGGUUAUAAAUUGCCUUACGGUAAAUCUGUAGUACAUGCCUAGCACCUUGUUCUGUGAUAGUGGUUGGUACCUCAGUUGAAGUGUGAUAUGGCCGUCCACCUGUUAAACUUCUCUCUGUUUUUA